GCCGUUCCCAGGGUUAGUUUCCUGUCCUGACCGUGGUGGUGGGGGGUGGGAGAGGGGGAGGAAAGAGGGAGAACGAAGGGCUGGAACUAGGAUGAAGGUCUUUAGACCGAGUCACAUGGACCAAAAGUUGUGCGACUGUUGUCCAGACGUCUACGUAAACCUCUGUUGUGUUCCGCAGAAUUCUCUGUCGGGCGGCCGCGUGAAUUGAAGCGGGGGUCUCUGCAAUUUGGUUGUAAACUUCCGAGUCAUUAUAGCUGUGAAGUUGCCAAGCUUAUUUAAGUUGAUUCAGCCUGUUAUAUAUUUCCGUAAAUUGAUAGAACACGUCGCACCUCCACCACUUUGAACCAUGCUGUACACGUUUUGCAACUGAAAUCAAACUGUUAACUUGAAACUUUGAAACUCUGCAGAAGACAGGUCGCCUUCAUGAACUGCGUUAUCACCAUGAGCGAUGAAAGCAAAGGAGAACACGGGAAAGCCGAAAGCGGGAAAGAUUUGGAGAAACAGCUCCGUUUGCGAGUUUGUGUUUUGAACGAACUUCUGAAAACCGAAAGGGACUAUGUCGGGACUUUGGAGUUUUUAUCGGUGUUUCUCCACCGUCUCAACCAGUAUGCAGCCAUGAAGAUCGACAAGAACAUCACGGAGGAAACUGUCAGGGUGUUGUUCUCCAACCUGGAGGAGAUCCUGUCUGUGCAUCGUAACUUCCUGUCCAUGGUGGAAGAGCUCCUACACCCAGAUCCUCAAGCCCAUAAUGAAGUUGGCCGCUGCUUUCUGCACUUUAGGAGUGGUUUCCAGAAGUAUGAUGAGUACUGUGGGAACCAUGAGAAGGCACAGAAGUUGCUCCUGGAACUCAACAAGUUCAGGAGUGUCAGGACUUGUUUACUGAACUGUAUGUUGCUAGGAGGCAGGAAGAACACAGAGGUUCCAUUGGAGGGUUAUUUGGUGGCUCCCAUUCAGAGGAUCUGCAAGUAUCCCCUGCUCCUGAGGGAGCUACUAAAGAGGACUCCUAAGAAGCACAACGACUACCUCCUGCUCCUGGAGUCCCUGCAGGUCAUGAAGGCGGUGUGCUCCUCCAUCAAUGAGGCCAAGAGACAGAUGGAGAAACUGGAGGUUUUGGAGGAGUGGCAGUCCCACAUUGAGGGCUGGGAGGGCUCCAACAUAACAGACACAUGCACUGAAAUGUUGAUGCAUGGAGUCCUACUGAAGAUCUCAGCAGGGAACAUUCAGGAACGGAUCUUUUUCCUGUUCGACAAUCUGCUGGUCUACUGCAAGAAGAAGAACCGGCGUUUGAAAAACAGCAAGGUGGCCACAGAGGGACCGCGUUACCUGUUCCGAGGACGGAUCAACACUGAGGUGAUGGAGGUGGAGAACGUGGACGAUGGGACAGCCGACUACCACAGCAGUGGGAAUAUUGUGAACAACGGCUGGAAGAUACAUAACACCGCCAAGAACAAGUGGUUUGUGUGCAUGGCCAAAACCCCGGAGGACAAACAGGAGUGGCUGGAGGCUAUUCUCAAAGAGCGGGAGAGGAGGAAAACGUUGAGACUGGGGAUGGAACAAGACACAUGGGUGAUGGUGUCCGAGAAAGGGGAGAAGCUCUACCAUCUGAUGACUCGUCAGGGACACCUCAUCAAAGACAGGAAACGCAAGCUCACCACCUUUCCCAAGUGCUUCCUGGGAAGUGAGUUUGUGAGCUGGCUGGUGGAGAUUGGGGAGACAGGUAACUCGGAGGAGGGAGUCCAUCUGGGACAGGCUCUGGUGGAGAACGGCAUCAUCCACCAUGUCACAGACAAACACCAGUUUAAACCGGAGCCAGUCAUGUACCGCUUUCGCUGUGACGACGGGACGUACCACCCCAGGAGUGACAUGCAGGACGUCAUCUCCAAGGGGGUCAGGCUGUUCUGUAGGCUCCACAGUCUCUUCACCCCAGUCAUCAGGGAUAAGGACUAUCAUCUGAGAACGUACAAAUCAGUGGUGAUGGCCAACAAGUUGAUAGAAUGGCUUAUAGCGCAGGGGGACUGCAGGACAAGAGAAGAGGCGUUGAUCUUGGGGAAGGAGCUGUGUGACAAUGGCUUCAUGCACCAUGUGUUGGAAAAGAGUGAAUUCAAGGAUGAGCCUCUGCUUUUCCGUUUCUUUGCGGAUGAGGAGAUGGAGGGAUCCAACACAAAACACAAACAAGCCAUGAAACAUGAUCUGAAGAUAGCUGAGAACAUUAUUGCCAAAUCACUGCUGAUAAGGCAGAGUGAAGGAGGAUGUGGUUUUACCUUGGAGGACCGGAACAGAGUCCCCAUCAUCAAAACAGUGGAGAAAGGCUCACAUGCUGAGAUGGCUGGUCUGGAGGUCGGGAAGAAGGUCUUUGCUAUCAACGGGGAGCUGGUGUUUUUGAGGCCCUUCCAGGAGGUGGAGGCCUUCCUCAGACAGUGUUUCAGCAGCAAGGGGCCUCUCACCGUUCUGGUCAGCACCAAACCCAGGGAGACGGUGAAGAUCCCUGACUCCGCUGACGGCCUGGGCUUCCAAAUCAGAGGUUUUGGCCCUUCUGUGGUACACGCUGUAGGCAGAGGUACGGUGGCAGCUGUUGCUGGUCUCCACCCUGGACAGUGUAUCAUCAAGGUGAAUAACAUCAAUGUCAGCAAGGAGAGCCACGCCAGUGUCAUCGCCCAUGUCACCGCCUGCAGGAAAUACAAAAGACCCACUCAGCAGGACAGUAUUAAAUGGGUGUAUAACAACAGUGAGAGUGCCCAAGAGGACCAGGGAAGGAACCAAAAACAGAGUUCUGAGGAGAAUGGAGAUGGUUUCCAGUGUAAAGUCGAAGAGGUGAUGGAUAAGUUCAACACCCUGGCCAUCAUGGACGGGAAGAAGGACCACGUGAGUCUGACGGUGGACAACGUCCACCUGGAGUACGGCGUGGUUUACGAGUACGACAGCACCGCCGGCACCAAGUGCCGGGUCCUGGAGAAGAUGGUGGAGCCCAAAGGCUUCUUCAGUCUCGCCGCCAAGAUUUUGGAGGCCCUGGCGCACGAUGAUGACAUGCUGGUUCAGAUGUGUACCAGACUGAGCUCCAGCCGGGAUGUAAUCCCCGAGGACCUGAAGGCCCCCUUCAGCACCAUGUGUGGAGACAGGGUUGAGCACAUCAACAGGCGCAGCACCAACUACAGAAAGUUCUCGAGGGUGUUGAAGAAUAGGGCUUGGCCCACCUUCAAGCAGGCCAAGAGUAAGGUUUCCCCGCUCCACAGCAGUGACUUCUGUCCCACCAACUGCCAUGUGAAUGUGAUGGAGGUGUCGUACCCCAAAACCAGCACCUCCCUGGGCAGUGCCUUCGGGGUACAGUUGGACAACAGGAAAAGUUCCACCCUGGAGAGAGGAGGACGUAACAGGGAGCAAGGAAAGCAGAACCCCAUGGUCUAUGUACAACACACCAUCACCAGCAUGGCCGCUCCGUCAGGACACAGCCUCGGCCGCACCGAGGGUCACGGCCUGCGCUUUCUGCUCCGAGAGGGGGACCUGUUGACCCUGGACUCCUACCAGAAACUACUGGGCAAACUGAGCACCCUGGUGAAGGAGAUGGAGUGCCACGCCGCACAGAUACAUGAUCUGCUCUCUUCGAUUACUCUCCCCCCUGCCUCGGACAUGAAGACACCAGAGAGUUACAUCUCGACGGAGAGCGAAGGGGAGAGAGGAGAAAAAGAAAGCGAAGCGGAGAGAGGAGAGAAGAAUGGGAAGAAGGUGUGUUUCAACGUAGCGGGAGAUGAACAGGAGGACUCGGGACAUGACACCAUCAGCAACAGAGACAGCUACAGUGACUGUAACAGCAACAGGAACUCCAUUGCGUCCUUCACCAGCGUCUGUAGCAGUCACUGCAGCUCCUAUGUUCAUUCUGACGACAUGGACUCAGGAGAUGAGAUGUCUACCAGUGUCUGGAUCUCGCAUGACAAGCAGAAGAAACUCCACGGCUUCCUGGAGCACCUCUUCAGCCAGGUGGAGUCCAUCACCAGCCUACUGAGAGGAGAGGUGGUGACCAAGGCCUUUGAGCAGACCAAGUGUUUCACACCUGGAAGAGGACUUCAAGAGUUUCAACAGGAGAUGGAUCCUAGGGUGAAUUGCACCAAGAAGCUCCGCCUCCAUGUCAAACAGGAUCCAUGGAACCUCCCCAGUAGUGUACAAGCCCUUACGCAGGCCAUCGCCAAGUUUGUUGAGGAGGUGAAGACACGAUUGCUUCUGGUGCUGUUGCAGUAUACAGACUCAGAGAUCCAGUUGAGAAGAGACAUGGUGUUCUGUCAGUCCUUAGUAGCAGCUGUGUGUGCUUUCUCCCAACAUCUAAUGGCUGCUCUCAACCAGGCCCAGGGAGCCGACCGGGAGGCGGACUCGGGGGCCCCAGACACCCAGGAGGCCCAGGAGGCCCAGGAGGCCCAGGAGGCUAGCCGACGAUGGCUGGAACAGAUAUCCUCUGCUGGGCUGCUGCUCCACUUCCAGUCCCUUCUGUCCCCCAACCUGUCAGAUGAACAGGCCAUGCUGGAGGACACUCAAGUAGCUCUGAUGGACCUGGAGAAAGUCACCUUCUAUUUCAGACACUUUGAAAAAGAACCGCUGGUGGCAAACAUGCCCAUGUCAUACACGGUGGAGGGGUGUCGUCAGGCCCUGAAGGUCUGCUUCCACCUCGAGACGUUCUACUUCUCCCAGCUGCCCCAGCGCCUCAGGAAGGGCGGGGGCUUCAAGAUCUACCCCGUCCUCUUCACCCAAGCGCUGGAGAGUAUGGAGGGAUAUUACUACAGGGAAAACGUUUCUGUGGAGGAAUAUCAGGCCCAGAUCAACUCGGCCUCGCUGGACAAGGCCAAACAGUACCACAAGAGGCUGAGAGCCUUCUACCUGGAUGUGUCUAACCUUCCCCCCAGCUCCACACCUAAAGCUGCCCUCAUAGACAAGCUGAUGCGUCCUCUGAAUGCUUUGGAGGAGUUGUAUCGUCUGAUGGAGAGUUUCAUCGUGUCUCGUCGGACGGCACCCUGCCAGUUCACCGCGUGCAGCGCCUCGGGAGUCGGCCUGCUCACCGUGGCGUCGGAACUCUGCUCCCGACUCGGAGCCACACAUAUCGUCAUGUGCAACAGCGGUGUGCAUCGCUGCACCCUGAGUGUGACCCUGGAGCAGGCAAUCCUAUUGGCUCGUAGCCACGGCCUCCCCCCACGAUGCAUCAUGCAGGCGACUGACGUCAUGAGGAAGCAGGGGGCGAGAGUUCAGAAUUCUGCCAAGAACCUGGGGGUGAGGGACCGUACUCCGUCCUCAGUACCAAGACUGUAUAAACUGUGCCAGCCUCCUCCCCCGGAUGGUGACUCCUAAUCCAGCCUUGAUCCAGGAUGGUGACUCCUAAUCCAGCCUUGAUCCAGGAUGGUGACUCCUAAUCCAGACUUGAUGCGGGAUGGUUGACUCCUAAUCCAGCCUUGAUCCAGGAUGGUGACUCCUAAUCCAGCCUUGAUCCAGGGUGGUGACUCCUAAUCCAGCCUUGAUCCAGGAUGGUGACUCCUAAUCCAGCCUUGAUCCAGGAUGGUGACUCCUAAUCCAGCCUUGAUCCAGGAUGGUAACUCCUGAUCCAGGAUGGUGACUCCUAAUUCAGCCUUGAUCCAUAAUGGUGAUUCCUUAUCCAGCCUUGACCUUGAAGGGUGAUUCCUAAUCCAGCCUUUAUCCAGAGUGGUGACUUUAUCCAGCCAUAAACCAGAAUGGUGAUUCCUAAUUCAGCCUUGAUCCAUGAUGGUGUCUCAUAAUCCAGCCUUGAUCCAUGAUGGUGUCUCAUAAUCCAGCCUUGAUCCAGAAUGGUGAUACAUAACCUUGACCAUUGACCCAGGUUUGUGAGUCCUAGUCUAGCACUGAUCCAGGAUCCUGACUCCUGACUACCUGAUUUGUGUAUGGAGGUGUUCCUGUCCAGUCAAGUUCCCCCCAUCCUGAUCCCUAGACGACUUCUCUUUUUCUGACACUGAAUAAUCAACCCAGUGAUGAGUGGCUAAAUGGCCCCCUAAUUUCUAUUUUGUACACUCCCUUGGUCUUAAUACAUUUUCUGAAAUCCCAGUCUUUCACAAUGUCACUGGUUCAGUCUGUAAAAAGUGAAUUUGUAAUCCUCUCUUUUCUCCAUUGUUGUUACUGUGCUGAACUUUAUAGCUCAUUUAGAAUGGAUUUGUCUGUGUGUUUGUCUUGUGUCCAGCUACAUUGCAUCUCAUGUGUCAUUAACUGUGUUUGUAAUGGAACAACUGAGGCUGAGACUGGCGCCUCGAGGCUGACAUCAAACCACCCAGCUGACCUGGAUAGUGUCCAUUCAUCCAAAUGUACUUUCGCCGGCAAAUAACUACAGUGGAAUGACAAUUA